CACCCAUGGGUGUGGUCUCCCACGGUUGGAAACAAGGAGUGGCCAAGUGUGGCAACAGCAUAUAAAUGAGGCUCUCUGUUUUCCUCUCUGCCUGUCUCUGAGUGGAAGAUCUGGAACCAGCAGAAAAAAUGGAUGUUAACAACCUCUGGCCAGCACAGAAAGGAGAGAACUCAGAUGGAGCAGUGUGGCCAGGUCAACCAAACCAGCCCCUCUGGCCGGGUCAACAACCACCUCAGCCCAUGUGGCCGGGUCAACAACCAAUGCAGCCCAUGUGGCCGGGUCAACAACCGAGUCAGCCUGCCUGGCCAGCACAGCCUAACCGACCCACAGCCCCAGGUUGGCCUGGUCAGAACCCCCCUUCUGCACCUCAGCAAGUCCCCUCUGUACCACUGACAGUGCCAUAUGACUUGAAGCUGCCAGAUGGAGUCUACAACAAAAUGCUGAUCACAAUCAACGGCGAGAUCAAGCCCAACAGCAAAAAGUUCGCUGUCAACUUGACUCGAGGCAAUGACAUUGCCCUACAUUUCAACACCCGCUUCGAUGAUUGCGGAAAGAAGACAAUUGUACGGAACUCCCUGGUCGGAGGAAAGUGGGGCAAGGAGGAACGAGAGCUCAGCAACUUCCCAUUUGUCCAGGGAAAGUCUUUUGAGAUGAAGAUCCUCUGCACUGACAACGAGUUCAUGGUGGCGGUAAACAAGUCUCACCUGCUGGCGUUCAAGCACAGGGUUACAGAGCUCAAUAUGAUUACCCAUCUGGGGAUCUACGAUGACAUCACCCUCAGCUCUGUGACCGUGGAGACACUGCCCUGAACAGCCUCAUCUUCACUGGCCCUCUGCUCCUCAGAUCAGGGACCGUAUUCAUUCAGCGUCACCGAAGUUACUCCUCAGAUUUUCACUCAAUAAAAAUGUACUAUCGCAAAGCAGGUAGUGGGAGUUAUCUAUGAAGCUUCCUACGUUUACGCUCACCUGGGAAUAACAUCGUUUCCUAUGAUCUCAGGUGAUUUUUACGACAUGAGAAGUGCUACAAACGAACGGUAGCGAUGACAUUUUUCACAGUCCCGUAUGUUGAGAAAAUGGACAAUAAAUGAAAUCGUUGAAAGCAGUUUUGUGGUCAUAGCGCUGCAAUUUGUCAACAUGAUGAAAAAUCUCAUGAAUGUUAAUAAAUGCCACACGUAAUUAUUUGAAAUAGUUUUGUUAAUAAUCACGAUAAUACAGUGUGUCAAAAUUAUAUUGUUUUCUUUUUCAUUACGGGUAAUAAAGCCUAAAUUUCCCCGGAGAAUACUGGGCUAGAAAUUGCAUGUACAUCAACCCUGUUCCGCAACUUGCAGAUAUCGUGCCUGAAUUGCGCAAAAUUUUAUUUAUGUGGUUUGUUUCUGGGCUGUUGCCGGAUUUAUUCGUGGAAGACGUAUUAUCACCUUUUCCAACUACGGAAUUUCCAUAUUACCUUAUGAAUCCUAUGAAAUAAUUGAUAUGUGAAAUAUUGGUUGAGUCAUUUAUGUAGUUCAUACACUAUAUUUGUGUAAAUAGUGAUGCAACAGAAACGUAUGACGCGUAGCAAGCUGUUGUACUUCAGCUUUGCAUCUGCAAACGGGCAUGGGAACGGAGGCAUUAACAAUGGUUUUUUUUGCCCAUCCCUUAUCACCAAGUAGGUGACAUCCUGGCGGGACGCCGAAGUAACGCAAGUAAGUAUGCAUUGCUUUUAUUAAAGAGGUAUGUGCCGACUUUUUUCUCACAGGAGGAGUGACAAUGUCUCUAACAAGGUCGCUGACGUAGGCCUACGGAACAGAAUACCCUCCUAAUCUCACCAAUAUAUUUUUGACUGCUCCGCGUCGUCAAAUGAAUGCAAAACGUAGCUAAUUUUCUCUUCCGAAAUAAAAAUGCAUGCUGGCUGUCUCAAUGCAGUCACGCAAGUCCCAAAGGUUUUGGACAGUCCACGAGGACUUCUAAACUCUGGUGUUUAGGUCUAAUCAAUUCCACUCUGUCAAGCACUUGGGACGUAUUUCCUACCUUGGGAAGUUUGAUGAAUACGGACCCCUCUCGAUUCAUGUCAGGGUAGCGAAUGUCCCUGACCAAACCCGUGUUAUUUUUAAAAUGGAUAAGGGUUAGUACAAUAUACAUGCGGAGGGCAGGAAAUGUCUUUUGUGUAGCCUACUUGAUUUCAGUAUGUAGACCUAAUACCGAGUGUCUUCUAAGCUUUCAUUAGCAUUAAACAGUCAUUGCUAAAAUUAUCGCGUAAUAAACUAAAUGAGUUGCAAGGCCUGACCUCAUAAUUUUACUUUGUUUUGUUUAUCUAUAUCUGAAUGGAUUAACAGUGAACACAGAGAAUGAGGGGAUCCAUGUCAGUUUAUAGAAAGAUCAGUACACCUGCAGAGCUCCUGUGAAACUCUUGUGAAAACUACAACCUCUCUGUGUUUGGAACCUCUCGGAAUAGUACUCAUGAACCAAGAAAAUAUUAAGUGACAAGAGCUGAAGAGUGUGUGUGUGCUUGACAAGGAGGAAAAUAGUGUUGAAUAUCAUUCCAAAGUAUGCUGACUGCAUUACUGUUAGUGACACACAUAGGAUACAAUUUUUACAUAUUACCCAUUUAUACAGCUGGAAAUAAAUAUAA